AUCUAAAAAGUUCCAUUCCAACCACAAACACGCGCGCACAAAAUAUCAGUGUCUCUCUUCUCUUUCUCUCAUCACUGAUCGGUGGCGAAAGGCAAUGGUGAUGACACUCAGAGCCUCGGCCACCACUACACCUCCUCUCCCAUCGCCUCCUUCUUCACUACCUUUACCACCCAGAACUUUUUCUCUCUCUAAAACUACACCCAAAUCUCAAUUCAGACCCACCUCUUUAUCACUCCCAACUUCAACCACUCUCUCUCUAUAUGCUUUCUUCACAACCCCCUACCAAGCCAAAGCUCUCGAACUCCCCAAAGACCAAAUAGUCUCAUCUCUCACUCAAGUGGAGAGUACGAUUGAUCAAGUCCAAGAAGUGGGUUCGAAUUUGUUUGAUGUUGCACAACGUGUUUUUCAAGUUGUGGCCGAAACUGUGAAGCCAGGCAUUGAUGUGGCGUUCCCAAUCUUGAGGCAGGCCGGAGAACAGGCGGUGAAGAUUGCUUCUCCGGCGGUUUCCGAGGCUUCGAAGAAAGCCCAAGAAGCAAUUCAGAGCUCAGGCUUUGAUACAGAGCCUGUUCUCACUGCUGCUAAGACUGUAGCUGGUGCAGCACAAAAGACAACAAAGAUAAUUGAAGAUGUCAAACCUAUAGCUUCAUCAACGGUAGAAACCAUCUCAUCGGCAGACCCCAUUGUAAUUGUUGGAACUGCUGGAGCAUUAUUUCUGACAUACCUCCUCUUUCCUCCCAUUUGGUCAGCCGUCUCUUUUAGCCUUCGUGGAUUUAAAGGUGAGCUCACUCCUGCUCAAACCCUCGAUCUCAUGUCAACAAAGAAUCACCUGAUGAUUGAUAUCAGAUCGGAGAAGGAAAAAGACAAGGCUGGUAUUCCUCGCCUUCCUUCCGGUGCCAAAAACAAGAUGAUUGCAAUACCUUUGGAAGAAUUACCAAGCAAACUAAGAAGCCUUGUUAGAAAUGUAAAGAAAGUAGAAGCUGAACUAUUAGCUCUGAAGAUUUCAUAUCUCAAGAAAAUUAAUAAAGGUUCCAACAUUGUGAUCAUGGACUCUUACUCGGAUUCAGCCAAACUAGUUGCUAGAGCACUUACAAGUCUUGGAUUCAAGAAUUGUUGGAUUGUGGCUGAUGGGUUUUCUGGAAGCCGGGGCUGGAUACAAAGUCGGUUGGGAAUAGAUUCGUACAAGUUCGCUUUUGCAGAAGUUAUCUCCCCAUCCCAAGUAAUUCCCGCAGCAGUCAGACGUUUUGGUACAACCGGCUCGGCAAAGUUUCUUCCUGGGAGCUCUGAUUGACAUUUUUUCUUUCAGCUUAAGUCUUGUGAUGUGUAUCCUUGUUUUAGAUUAGAGAGUCCUUCACAAUCAUCUCCUGUAAAUUUUUGACCAGUUUUAAUCAAUUUGGUCAUCUUUUGCCUCAA